AUGCCUGCGAUAGUGCUCCCGGCAGACGUCGUCGCAUUGGCAAUGGACACGGUCACCAGGGCGGGUGGCGCAUAUCCACCAGACGCCACCCAGACUGUAGGGCGUGCACAGCUCCUCAAAGUGCUGCCUCGAUGGUAUCGAUAUCAUAUUCGCAGUCAUGCAGAAGUGCCACCCGCUUUUGUUCGGACAUUCUCGCCUUUGUCGGCACACCACAGCUCAGAUCGCCUCAUCGGCGUCAGCUACGCCCCCGGCACAAUCUUGGCUGAGUUUCGCCACCCUGAACAUCUCAACUUUCCGACCGCAGCCUCCCGUACCAGUCAUCCGCGUCUCAACGGACGCUCAGCCGAUCGCAUACCGCCGCCACCACCGUCUACUGCGUCUGCCACAUCGACGCCACCCGAACGACCACUCUAUUCUGCUGCGAUGCGUGACUCGUCUUGUCUCGCUGGAAUCCAGGCUCGCUGCCACAAGCUCAAGCGACUUGUGCAGAACCCCAACUCGUUCUUCAUGGACGUCAAGUGCCCCGGCUGCUUCGCCAUCACCACCGUCUUCUCGCACGCCCAGACCGUCGUUGUCUGCGGCUCGUGCGCCCAGGUGCUCUCGCAGCCCACCGGUGGUAAGGCCCGCUUGACCGAGGGCUGCUCUUUCCGCAAGAAGGCGUAA